AUGUCCGCCUCAAAGGAUCAAGACGGGGACCACUCAGGCUUCUUGCAUGGGUUGAAAGAGAAGUUCAAGGACACCAAACUCCACGACGCCAAGAUCAGCCUCAUUCACCAGAAACACAAGAUUGGGAAAUUCGCAAAUCUCUUGAACCCGGGGCAUCGUCAUGACGAGGCGCAUGAGAAGGCCACCGAUCAGAAGCGUAGUAACAUCGCCGGAGAGCACCGCUUCGAGUCUUAUUUCCCUGAGCGCGACAACAACCUGAUCAAAUGGUAUGUCGACGGGAGGGACUAUUUCUGGGCCGUAUCGGUAGCCCUCGAGCAAGCCAAGGAGACCAUUUACAUUGAAGACUGGUGGCUCUCGCCGGAGCUGUUCAUGCGCAGGCCGCCCUACUUCAACCAGGACUUCCGCCUAGACCGCAUCCUGAAGCGCCGCGCCGAGGCUGGUGUCAAGAUCUACGUCAUCGUAUAUCGUGAGGUCGAAGCUGCCAUCACCUGCAACUCGGCGCACACCAAACAUGCUCUACAGAGCCUCUGUCCCGAAGGCUCUCCGGGCUAUGGCAACAUCAAAAUCAUGCGCCACCCCGACCACAACGUCCUUGAAAAUGCCGCCGACAUGACCUUCUACUGGGCGCAUCACGAGAAAUUCAUCGUCAUCGACCAUGCCAUGGCCUUCAUUGGAGGCCUCGACCUGUGCUUCGGCCGCUGGGAUAACCACCAGCACCCUCUUUCCGAUGUCCACCCGGAGGGAGUGGCUAAUGAGAUCUGGCCGGGCCAGGACUUCAAUAACAAUCGGGUAAUGGACUUCCAGAGGGUCGAGGACUGGAAGGAGAACGAGCUGAGCAAGGCCGAAUACGGCCGUAUGCCGUGGCACGAUGUGGCCAUGGGCGUUAUCGGGCCCUGUGUCUACGACAUUGCAGAGCACUUUGUCCUGCGCUGGAAUUUUGUAAAGCGUGACAAGUAUAAACGAGACGACAGAUUUGACUGGCUCAUGUUAAGGGGUCGCACAGAUCAGGAUGAGGAUUUGGUGGGCGUACAGCGGCCGAAACAUCCCGUGGGCGAUUACGUCCUUCACCCCUUGACGCCUCUGGAGUCCAAGAACCUCGAUAACCGGGGAACUGUACAUGCACAGAUCGUCCGCUCCAGCGCCGACUGGUCCAGCGGCAUUCUCAGGGAUCAUUCCAUUCAGAACGCGUACUCGGAGGUCAUUCGUAAGGCGCAGCACUUCGUCUACAUCGAGAACCAGUUCUUCAUCACAGCCACUGGCGACCAACAAGCCCCGAUUCACAACACCAUUGGGAGAUCCAUUGUAGAUGCUUGUGUCAGGGCUGGCAAGGAGGGCCGCAAAUUCCGCGUCAUAAUCAUCAUCCCAGCCAUACCCGGCUUCGCGGGCGAUCUCCGCGACGAUGCUGCCACAGGCACACGUGCUAUCAUGGACUAUCAGUACAAGUCGAUUUGCCGGGGCGAGCAUUCCAUCUUCGAGCAGAUACGAAAAGAGGGCGUUGACCCGACGAACCACAUCUUCCUUUUCAACCUGCGGUCCUACGACCGCCUGGACAAGACGCCUUCCAUCAAGAAGCAGGAAGAGGUAUCUGGCGUCAAGUAUCAAGAGGUCCAACGCGCAGAGGCUGAGGAGGUCAUGAGAGAGGGGAUACACGGCAGCAAGGAUGUCGAGGGUGAACGCGAUGAGCAUAUGGGCAAGGCUGAAGAGCAGAGGGAGCAGAAGGAGGACACCAAGAGCACCGACGCCAAACGGCGUUUCGAAGCAGCCAGGCAGGAUGCCCAAGAAACCAAGUCCUCGUCCACCGUGGCGCAUCACGCCAUGGCCGCUCCUGGCAAGCUCUCGGACGAAAUCUGGGAAGGUGAACCCAUGGAGGAAGUCGAGAAUUGGAUCCAGGAGGAGCUCUAUAUCCAUGGAAAACUCCUCAUUGUCGACGAUCGCAUCGUAAUCUGCGGAUCCAGCAAUCUCAAUGACCGCAGUCAGCAGGGUGACCACGACAGCGAACUCUCGAUUGUGAUGGAGGAUACCGACAGGAUUCAGAGCACCAUGGACGGCCAGCCUUUCGAAGCGGGGAGACACGCAGUCACACUUCGCCGAUACCUCUGGCGCGAACACUUGGGCUUGCUUCCUCCUCAGGAGCACGAUGCGAGCGAUGAUCCCAACGCGCAGCCACCGGGAAAGUACUCGCCCAAUGACAUAUGGGAUAGGGAUGACACCUACAAGUUUGUCGAGGAUCCGCUGAGCGAAAACCUCUGGAAUAUGUGGACCUCGAGUGCUACGAAGAAUACCGAAGUCUUCAGGCACUUGUUCCAUGCCGAUCCCGACGACAACGUCAAAACAUUCGACGACUACAACGUUUUCCUGCCACCCAAGGGAGUCAAAGCCGGACACAUCUUUGACCGGUUCCAACCUGCAGAAGACAUUCGAAAGAAGUUGGAUCAGAUCAAGGGCCAUCUUGUGUGGAUGCCGCUGGAUUACCUGAAGGAUGCCAACAUGGCCGAGGCUGGGUUGCAGGUCAACUCGUGGACCGAAAGUAUCUACACCUAA